GAGGAAGAUCCCAGAUUCUCAGCUGUUUCCUCUCUGGCGUUGGCGGAGUUUCACCCACCCCUCUUGUCCCCCACCCGCCCUGUUCCUCCGCUGUAUGAGCUUUUAUUGCUUUGCUUUCCUCCUGCUCAAUUUCAUGGGGCUAAGAGCGGAAAGAAGCAGCCGGGACGACGAGCACAGCCCCACUGGGACGCGGAGCCGGGGCUACAGUGUAGCGAGCUCUCCCGGGAUGAAGAAGCUCCGCUGGCUCCUGAACUUGCUGCCCAACUUGGCUGCCCUGUUGACCAGCGCCGUGGGCUGGCUCAGGGCUCCCCUCCUCUGGCCCAGGAGGUGGUGGUGGCGGUGGAGGAGGAGGAGGAGGAUGAUGAUGGUGGUGGUGGUGCAGGAGGGACCGACCCAAGCCUUGGAGCCAGAGGUCAGCUUGGAGGAAAAGGAGGGUCAAGGGGUGGAGGAAGUGGCUGCUGCGCCCCAAGCCCAGGCCGACUGGAUUGCCCCCGCCAGGAGACGCGAGGUUCCCCCCGAGCACUUUGAGAUCUCCUUCAACUUCGUCAGGCACCUCUUCGACAUGACGGUGGUGGGCUUCCUCUGCCUGGCCUCCCCGGUCUUCCGGGUGGUCCUGGACGUACUGGGCCUCCGGGGCUUGCUCAAGCUCUGGCUCCAUGGCAUGGCGCUCUUCCUGGUGGCCUCCUACGGGAUGGUGCUGGUCCUCUGGCUGCUGCAGGCCUACAUCGUCCAGCUGGCCCUGCUUUUUGGCGCGAUGCAGCUCAUGGUGCUGGGGGUCAGCCUCCGGCAGCAGGAAGAGGUGGAAACGCAGGACUCGGAGGGCCCCGUCACCCCACCAGUCCCCUGAGGUCGGCCCGCCCGGGGUGGGGGGGAACGGUGUCCGAGGCUUGUGCGUGUCCGGGUGUGUGUGUGCACGCGCACCAUGGGAAUUAGUAACGUUUUUAAAAGACAAUGGAAAAUUCACGUGACUCCUUCUUGAGGUGAAUCGCUGCCUUUAUUUUUCACUUCAGCGAACAUCUCUCAAAAUGUGUGAGGGCACACACACAAGUUUCUAUGAUGACUUUGUGACUUUCCAUCAAGAUGUAAGAUUGACACUUUUGCACAUGUUGU